UAAACCGAACGUAAUUUCAAGUAAACGGGAAAUAACUGAAUGGGAUAAUGGGAAAUCUCAACACCGAUGCUGAUGUCCGAAAGUCUAGCUAGAGUUGGUUCCCCUGUCGGUUUCCCCUUUCGAUUUCCAGCUUUUGUUCCAUCUACGUCUUUCGUACUUGAAUAAUUCUGCUUUACAACUGAUAUUUAACGGGCUCUAAUUAAAUAUAAAUGAUCGCUAAUUAACAGUGUGAAGUAAUACUUAAUUCACAGUGAACAAUGCGACUUAUUUUACUCUGAAUCUAUAUAAAUAUUUAAGCAUUAUUUAUACACUGACAUAGAGCGGCUCCUUCAACAUAUUGUGAGAUCUUCAUAAAUAGGAUCGAAGACAUCAGAUGACAUUGAUUGAAGAGAAUUCUUCACUUCUGAUACAUCAUUCCCAUCAUCGUAUCAUGCUUAAAGGAAGAUGUAACCCUGUCUAUAUAAAUCUUUGAGGAAUUACUGUAAACUAUUUCUUCUGAACUGGGAUUAAUAGGAAUAUUUCUCAGCUUCACUGUGUGGAAUGUGUUGAAGAUGGUUCUGUAUUCUAAUUAAGCUUGGACAAAUUUACAUAUGAGUUCACAGCAUCUUCGGAUAGCAACAAAGAUCUGUUGAUGGAAAUACAGCAGAGACGUAUUCCUUGUGAUUAAAAAUUAUAAUAUAAAACAAGAAACAACAGCAAGACUGCAUGAUGGUAGUGCCAUACAUGGCAUGCUGACCAUCAUAUAACUUUUUUGACAUUGCAUUUUUAUUCUUCUUUUCCGUUUUACGAAUUCAGUGUGCAAGUGCAAAUUGCAUGUUCAGAGUUUUCUUUCUGGUUCCCACUCAAAACUGUUUACAGAUCACAACCGUCUCAUAAACCUGCGGCUGUGAGGAGUGAUUUGUGCUCCAAUGAUUGUAGAAAAAGGAAAUACUCCCUUAAUAUCCAUGUUUUCUGGUGAUGAAAGAAGAACGAUAGAAAAAUGAUUUUGUGAAAAACUGAGAGGAUUUAUAUUUUUUUCUUGAGAGAUGCCAAAAUUGACAGGAAAGCCAUUAUAUGACUGUGAUGUUUGUAAAAAGUCCUUCUCUCAAAAGUGUGAUCUCAAAACUCACAGACUCAUUCACACAGGAGAGAAGCCAUUUGAUUGUGAUGUCUGUGGUAAAUCCUUCCCAAAGAGUGAUGCCUUAACAAGACAUGUGCGUAUUCAUACAGGAGAGAAACCCCAUCGCUGUGAUAUCUGUGGUAAAUCCUUCUCUGUAAGUGGUGCUUUAACUAGACACAAACGUACUCACACAGGGGACAAACCGUAUCACUGUGACAGCUGUAGUAAAUCGUUUGCUGGAAGCAGUGAUUUGACUAAACACAAACGCAUUCAUACAGGCGACAAACCGUAUCACUGUGAUAUCUGUGCCAAAUCGUUUGCUGAAUGUGGGGCUUUAACGAGACACAAGCGUACUCACACAGGAGAGAAACCAUAUCACUGUGAUAUUUGUGGUAGGACAUUCUCUCAAAGCAAUUUCUUAACAAGACACAAGUGCAUUCGUAAAGGAUAGAAACCAUGUCCCUGUGAUGUCUAUGGUGAUUCAUUAUCUCUGAUUGAGCUUUUCUGAAAUUAACACAAACACAUUCAUACAGACAAGAAACCACAAUCUGUGCAGUAUUUGUGAUAGAUCCAUUCUCUUGUGGUGAUUUAGAAGAAAUGGUAAUGCCAAGAUCCAUCCGUUCAUCUUUCCUCUCUAUCUCUACCUCUGGAAGGGUUGUGGGCUUAGAGUCCUCAAUCAUCUCCUCUAUAGGGUCCUAUCUAAUCCAAUCAUCAUUAGAUUUCCUGGCAGGAUUCCCAAGAAUGACCAACUUAGUCUAUAGAUUUUAUCCAACCCUCUUCAUUUUGCUAUUGUCUUGGGUUCCUACCAUUUCUUGCAGUCCUUUCUUGUGACAUCCUAAUCAUGAGUUUAUUGAACCCGACCUAUGGCUUCUCAAUGUGGAAAAGGCGUAUCUCAAUCUGGAGAGAGUCACUCAUCUCGAAAGGAUGCACCCUGCUGAGUACUGUUACUCCAGAGAUCUUUUUGGAGUAACCCCACUUCAAUUGCUUGUAUUCAUAAUUGUGCACUUUUAGUCAUUAACCAACAUUCCUGACAUCGGGAUGGACAAGCAUGGAAACCAAGUUCAAGAUAUGUGUGCGUACACGUCAUCAUCCUUUCUCACUUUUCCAUGCUUGUGUGAAGUACAUUUUCUACGGGUGGAUGCCCUUCUCAUCACCAACCCCCAGUUUCCAAGUAAGGAAAUAUUUCCCCAUAACCAGACGUGUUCCUCACACAAGAUUGGAGACAAACCACCUUGAUUGUAUGAUGAUGGUUCUCAUUUAAAAACAGCACAUUUAUAUGGAGACAAAUGUAUACACAAACACAUAGAUAUAUUUAUACACCCAUUUUCAUGUAUAUAUAUAUAUAUAUUCAUAUAUUAUGUCGAUAAGGCUAAAAUCGAAUCUGUGUCCUCUUGAAGCACAUCUGUUCAUUUCAGUAUACCAAAUUUGUGUGUAGAUCCUUAUUUUUACAUGAGGUAUGCAUAAGAGUUGAAAAUAUUGGAAAAUAUCUUCAGCAGAGUAA